GUCAUCAUCGUUGGCGGCGGGCCUGCAGGCUGCGCAACUGCGCUCUCAAUAGCCAGACGAACACCAGAGGGAUCUGUCCGUAUAUUGAUCAUCGACGAUGCGGACCCAAGUGCCUACAAGAUCGGCGAAUCACUUCCCGCUGCAGCAAGACGUUCGUUAUCCAUGCUCGAUCCAUCGCUACUCCCCCGCCUGACCGAGGACACCUCUCGUGGUCUGCACGACGUUUGCACGGGGAAUGCUUCUGCGUGGGCGAGUGCGGACCUGCACGAAACAUACUCACUCAUGAACCCUUACGGCGCGGGGUGGCACCUCGAUCGCGCGCGUUUCGACGAUAUGUUGCGCCAAACCUGCGGAUCUAUGCUCUGGAGAGGCAAGGUCGUGGGAGUACGUCGGGCGGACAGGGGAGGGGUCGAAGGCUCGCCCGUCUUCGGGUGGGAUAUCGACGCAAAACCUGCCGGAACAAGUUCAAUGAAGACGUUCCGCACGAGAUGGUUGGUAGACGCGACCGGCCGCAAAGCAUCUGUAGCGCAGAAGAUCGGGGCCAAGAUGCGCAAACAUUCCGACCUCCUCGCGUUCUACGUCGUCUUCGACAGGAUUGAUCCCGACUCGGAUCGUGCGGACGACAACGACACCCGUACCCUCAUCGAAGCUGCUUCAAGCGGCUGGUGGUACUCAGCCCGUCUCCCCCAUGGGAAGCGUCUCGUCAUGUACACGACCUCCCCGUGGGAUGCGACAGCCCGUGUCGCGCGCACCGCCGCUGGCUUCCUAGACAUGCUCCAGUCGGAUACCGUCCACAUAUCCCACUCUCUAUGCGAGAUGCCGCUCUACGAGAUGUCUCCAGGGACGAAGUUCACACGGUGCACUACGGCGGCGUCAUCGAUCCUGGACCCAUACGCGUCAUGGGAGCCGCAAGGCAAAUCCGGAGGCGGUAGCGGGCUCGAAGACGAUCACCAAGGACGAGGCUGGUGCGCCGUUGGCGAUGCAGCGCUUGCGUUCGACCCGCUCUCAUCACAGGGGAUCAUCACCGCUUUGAAUGCCGGUGCAUUCCUUGGUUCGGUGCUGGCAUGUCACUUGCACCCAUCUACUGCAGAGAGCCCUCACCUAGAAGGCAGUGAGGCUGUGCGAGAGAUACAGCAAGCGUACGAGCGCGUGCGGGAGAAGUACGAAGAGGGCCGCGCAUACUACUAUCGCAUUGUCAGG